AUGACCGUCGCGUAUGAGAACAUGUCAUACCGCGGCUGGUCCAGCGGUUCGCACUCUGCUGCCGUGUGCCUCGAGGACAAGUUUGAGAUCAUCAAGGACAUUGGAGAUGGCAGCUUCGGCAGUGUCACGCUUGGAAGGACGAGAAGCGCGGGCGCUCACCUCGUUCGACGGAACACAUUGGUUGCCAUCAAGACGAUGAAGAAGACUUUUGAGAGCUUCGCGCAAUGUAUGGAAUUACGCGAGGUCAUCUUCCUCAAGACUCUUCCGAGCCAUCCGCACCUGGUACCUGCAUAUGACAUUUUCCUCGAUCCGCUCAGCAAGAAGCUGCACAUCGCGAUGGAGCACAUGGACGGCAACCUCUACCAAUUGAUGAAGGCUCGUGACCACAAGCCUUUGGACGAGUCCAGUGUCAAGAGCAUCCUCUUUCAGAUUCUCGAAGGCCUGGAGCACAUCCACGACCACAGCUUCUUUCACCGCGAUAUCAAACCCGAGAACAUCCUCGUAUCCACAUCAGCACACGACAUAGGCAGCGCGUUCAAGCGAUACUCAUCACUGGUCACGCCUCCGUCAACGCCUCCUGCAUACACGAUCAAAAUCGCCGACUUUGGUCUGGCACGAGAGACGCAUUCGCGAGUCCCUUACACUACAUACGUUUCGACACGGUGGUACAGAGCUCCCGAAGUUCUCCUCCGAGCGGGCGAGUAUUCCGCUCCGGUCGAUAUCUGGGCCAUUGGUGCAAUGGCAGUGGAAAUUGCUACGCUCAAGCCGCUCUUCCCGGGAGGAAACGAGGUGGACCAAGUCUGGCGAGUGUGCGAAGUGAUGGGCAGUCCAGGCGCCUGGGUGAACAAGCAUGGCCAGAAGGUGGGCGGUGGAGAAUGGAAGGAGGGCAUCAAGCUCGCUCAGAAGUUGGGCUUUUCUUUCCCGAAGAUGGCUCCUCAUUCUCUGGAGACUGUUCUGCCAUCUCCUCAAUGGCCUGCAAGUUUGGCAAAUUUCAUCACUUGGUGUUUGAUGUGGGACCCGAAGGUCCGCCCUACUUCAAGGCAGGCAUUGGAGCACGAGUACUUCCAGAACGCGCUUGAUCCUCUGGCACCAAAGUCCAGCUCUCGCGCCCAAUCCCGGGCAUCGGUCAGGCACGACUCGGAUCUACCUACCAAGACCGCCUCCUGGUUCAGGAAGUCGCUGGGUCCUCGCGAUGCCGCACCUCCUGCGGUUCCUCAACACAAUUCAGAGCCACUGGCGACACAACAAUUGCCAGAUCCGAUGGAGUCGUCGCCGGCACCGAAAGUCAAGCCAAUGGCUGCCAAGCGUGCAACAUGGGCUCAUGGAAAUGCCAACGCGGCACCGAUGCCUAUACUGCCUUCCAUUCGACCGAUUUCGCCUCUUCCUGAUGCCAUCACUGCCCACGCAAAUGCCAGACAUACCGAUCAAGCACCUCAAGAGGUCAGCCCCAGCAAGAAGAUUGGCCGACAAUUAUCAGUCAACUCACAGGGCAAUCACUACGCCGAAAUUCACCGGCAGGAAGCUGAGCGUGCUCUGGUUGGCGCAAGCGCUCUCAAGUCACCGACUGGCAGCCAAAGAGAAAGCUUCUUCUCUCAUCUGCGCAAGAGGGCGAGAAGACUUUCCGGCCGCAACUCAGGUGUCAUCACACCUUCAAUGGAUGCUAUGGAAACCAGCGCUGGGUGCGUUCCUUGGGCUGCUAACAAACAAACCACCUUCGACACCCACUCGAUCGCGUCUGCCGCAGCCGAUCCGUCAUCAGACCCCAAUUUCGCUGAGCUGGAUCGUGCACUGCAAAGUGUACGAUACAGCCUGGAUGCCGCCGCGAACGCGACUCAACAAGCUAGGAAGCCUACGAACCGCGUAGUGAGCAACCCAUCAUUGAAGCGUCACCACUCGCUUCCUCACGGCGUAGACGACAAGACGCAACCCAACCACCGUAUACCACGACGAGCACUGAAGCACGCCACGAGCAGCCGAUACGAGACUCCCGACGAAGAAGAGGAACUUCUCGACGAAGUCAUGACCUCAGCGCAUCUCGCCGCACGGCGUCUCGACAACGAGCAACUCUCCCGCCCACCAUUACCACAUGUCAUCUCGGAGCCCGUCACCGUCUAUACCGCACCUUAUCUCACACCAUCUCACUCCAAAGACCAGAUGUCUUUGGACUACGUCACGCAAGGUCCAGCGCCUACCAAAGCUGUGGAGAUUCCACCUCGCCGGCAACCAUCCAACAGCAAAAUCAAUCCUCAAUGGCCAACACCGCCAUACGACGAGAACGAUUGGGCCGCCGCCGCAGCAGCGAGCAUCUUCGCUACUCAGCGCGCCUAUCAAUGA